UCGCACGUGACAAAAACACGCACAAAACUAUCAAAGUUACCACGUUUAUUAAGCAAAGACGAUUAAGCCAAAAAAAAACGCAUCAGUCUCAUCAGAAUCCGGAACCUGGAUCAGAUCUAUUCGGGUCGGGUCAUAUCGGAUUAGUAGCUGAUCGGAAAACCGGCAACAUAAUGGCGGCGGCGAGACGAUUACGGACGCUCCAAUCUCAGCCGGAGAACAAGGUCUGUGUCGAUUGCUCCCAGAAGAAUCCACAAUGGGCAUCGGUUUCAUAUGGAAUCUUCAUGUGCUUGGAGUGCUCCGGUAAGCACCGUGGUUUAGGUGUUCACAUCUCCUUCGUCAGAUCCGUCACCAUGGAUUCAUGGUCCGAGAUCCAGAUCAAGAAAAUGGACGCCGGAGGCAACGAGCGUCUCAACAAAUUUCUGGCUCAGUACGGGAUCUCUAAAGAGACCGAUAUCAUCUCCAAGUACAAUUCUAACGCCGCGUCUGUGUAUCGAGAUCGGAUCCAAGCUUUAGCUGAGGGAAGACAAUGGAGAGAUCCGCCGAUUGUUAAGGAAUCGGUUGGUGGUGGAGGGAUGAUUAAGAAGCCUCCGUUGUCUCAAGGCGGUGGUAGAGAUUCUGGUAAUGGUGGAUGGGAUAGUUGGGAUAACGAUGAUUCGUUCAGAUCUACGGAUAUGAGACGGAAUCAAUCGGCGAGUGAUUUUAGGUCAUCGGGAAGUCGUGGUGCUCCGGCGAAGUCGAAAUCGUCGGAGGAUAUAUACUCUCGGUCUCAGCUGGAAGCUUCUGCGGCGAAUAAGGAGAGUUUCUUUGCGAAGAGGAUGGCUGAGAAUGAGUCUAAGCCUGAGGGACUUCCUCCUUCACAAGGUGGUAAGUAUGUUGGGUUUGGAUCUAGUCCUGGUCCAGCUCCGAGAAGCAAUCAACAGAGUGGUGGUGGUGAUGUUUUCUCUGUUAUGUCUGAGGGUUUUGGAAGAUUGUCUCUUGUUGCUGCAUCAGCUGCGAAUGUUGUUCAGACUGGAACCAUGGAGUUUACUUCCAAGGUCAAAGAAGGUGGCUUAGAUCAUACGGUUAGUGAGACUGUUAAUGUUGUUGCGAGUAAGACAACAGAGAUAGGACAGAGGACAUGGGGGAUUAUGAAAGGAGUAAUGGCAAUUGCUUCACAAAAGGUUGAAGAGUUCACUAAAGAAGAAGCAUCAACUUGGAAUCAACAGAAUAAAACCGAGGGCAACGGUUACUACCAGAACUCUGGGAUUGGAAACAAAACAGCAAAUUCAUCUUUUGGAGGGUCACAAUCAUCAUCAAGUGGUCACAACAACAGUUAUCGUAACUCGAAUUCUUGGGAUGACUGGGGAGAAGAGAACAAUACCAAAAAGGAACCAGCACCAAAGGUGUCGACUUCUAAUGAUGACGACGACGGCGGUUGGGCUGGUUGGGAUGAUAAUGAUGCUAAAGAUGAUGAUUUCUAUUAUCAGAGUGCAAGCGAUAAGAAAUCUGUAGGCCACAAUGGAAAAUCAGACACUGCUUGGACCGGUGGAGGUUUUCUCUAGCGGUAUUACAGGAUAAAUGGUGAAAUGAAGUUGUACAAUUAAGGAAAAGCAGAGCCUUGUGGUCAUCUCGUGCUCUGUCACAAGAGAGAGCAGAGUGGUCAUCUCAACCAUUAAAGCCAUCACAGGUCCUUCUUUUCACAUAUCAAUUGCUUGGCGUUCAAUCAAAUCGAUCGUCAUUAUUUGUUCUUCUACAAUAUAUAGUUUCAUUUAUAUUUGUACAAGCUUCACAGUCACAGAGGACUGCUUACUAAACUAUUCGGGUUAGUCUUCAGCUCUUUUUUUGAGAUUCAAACUUUUAUUUUUCUUCAAAUCUGUAAUGACCACAAAAACAAAUUUUCCUUUUUAUUAUCUUUUUUUUCACAUACAACCUUUUGUCCGGUUGCUAUC